UCAGCUCUGCAGCGGGACAUUCUGUUCCUCUAUCCAGCGGCGCGCUGUCUUCCGGCUUCUGUAGUGUGGGCACUGGGCAUGACAGCCGGGUGCCAAGUGCGCAUGCGCAAGAAGCGGUGCUUUUUUUGUGAAUGGUAAGGCGGUACCUGGGACACAUGACAGAUCCCAGAAGCCGCCGGACCAAUCACAAAGCGCAAGUGCUUCUCGCUCAUGCGCACUGGGCAUCCGGCUGUCAUACCGAGCGCCAUUACAGAAGCCGGGAAGACAGCGCGCGGCUGGAUCGAGGAACAGGUAAGAUCAAA